GCGAGUGAAGUUCUAUCGAAUUCUAGUCAUGACAAAGAAUGUUUCCAGUAACUUCAUUCAUUUGAAAGCGAACGCUAUUUUCGUCAAAUCGAAGAUAAUGCGUUAAAAAUUAGAAUUUUCGAUUUGGUGUGAAAAGUGUGUUGCCCGACGGACGUUGUGUGAACAAUUGCAGUGUACUUUGAAUUUCUUAUCAUGUGUUUAAAACGCAUUGCAUUCGUCUAUCUAGCAUUUAUGUUUUUAUUAAUCAAUUGGGUGCAAAGUGUACCGAUUUCUGGUGGAGAAGUUAUUCCAGAAGAUGAUGAUACAUUUAGUUUUGCCGUGUCAAUUCAAUAUCGCGAAUUUAACAAAACAUCCGGAAAACAUUUCUACAAACACUUUUGUGGCGGUGUUUUAUUGCAUGUAUUCAAUCGAACGGCAUACGUUCUAUCUGCAUCACAUUGUAUGAGUAAUAUCGAUGACAAAGAAAUUUCAGUAGUAUUCGGUGCAAAAGAUCUAAAAAACUACAAUGGCGAACGUUAUAAUAUGGUGUCAGUGCAUAAGAAGGAUUAUGAUCGUUAUACGAUGGCCAAUGAUAUUUGCAUACUAAAAAUUAAUUUUCGUACCUGUGACCAUCCCAGACUGAAUCCGAUUCGAGUCAUAAUCGAUGAAUUUGCGGCGUGUAAUGAUUCUUGCUACAUUUUCGGUUAUGGUUCAGAGGUAGUGGGAGGCGAUCCAACGAACGAUUUACGACUGGCGCCCGUAAAAAUUAUCUCUAAUGAAACGUGUCUCAAGGAGCUUGGACCAUUUAAUGCGCCUGAACCGAAUUCAGGAAUGUUUUGUGCUGUCGGAGAACAACCAGGUGGCGAUGCAUGUUUGGGAGACAGUGGAAGUGGAUUAAUUUGCAUUCACAAUGGUAUAUUGGCAAUAGUUGGAAUUAUUUCGUACGGCUUAGACUGUGCUGUCGUAGGAAUGCCCGGCGUUUAUACGAGCGUUGCCUUCGUAUCAAAUGCGAAUUUCAUCGAAAGCGUCAUAUCCAAAUAACACAUCAUUUUCAUUUAUAUGGCUCAACAUAAUUUAUUUUCUCUUUUUGUUUGAAACAUUUUAUUUGUAAGAUUGGUUUUACAUUUUUCUGUCACAAAUUAUUUGUCAUUUUUAUUUGUAAAAAUACCUAUCGAUAAUAUAUCGAAUAUCACGUCAUUCGAUUGGCCAUUUCUGUAAAUAAUUGUCUUAAAUUUUUGUAUUCUAUAUUUGACUAUUUUUCAUACCUUUGUCUAUCUUACACAUUUUCUUAUUCUAUACCUUCAAAUAAAAUUACACUAGCUUAAAUUAGAGAAAAUAAAAUUGAUCACCGAUUAUUUGGGAAUCGGUGUACAUUGUGUAACG